ACCGGAAGUUUAUAAAAAAUGAGAACCAUAAGGAAAUGGAAAUGUUACUCAUCUGUGAUUGGUGUAAUUCUGAAGAAUUUUGAAUGUUGUUGAUUGUAUUUAAGUAGUAAAGCAUUGUUUAGAGAAAAGCGUCGGAUAAAAAGUACGUCAGCUUAUGUCGUUCAGUUUCAAUUUCUGACACGGAAAAUGUAUACCCCAAACUGUUCCCAUUGAGAUAAAUAUGGCGGCUCGCUAUGAGGAUCUGCAUCGUUCCAUUAAUAAUGGGGCACAGGGAUCCUAUAACAGAGCCAUGAUGCAGAGUCCUAGCAGUAGUGGGUCAAGGCCACCGAGUAAUAGCAGUGUUUUGAGUGAAAGAGGACCAAAAACUAGAGAGGAUGUUUGUAUUGGAGAGGAAGUCAGGAUUUCUUUACACCUGGCAAUUGAAAGAUUUAGAAGGAAUGAAGAACACAAGGAAUUAGAAUUUCCAUCCUCAUUGACAGCUACAGAAAGGGCAUAUGUUCACAGAUACUGUGACACAAUUGGGCUCAAGCACAAGAGCAAGGGUAAAGGCAGCAAUAGACUGUUGACAAUAUCUAAAAAGGAACUGAAUCAGACCCAGGCUUCAGCCUCAUCAAUCAAAAUCAUCAGGAACUCCCGACAGCAGAUAUGUAACCUGCUGCAGAGGUUCCCACUAACCUCCAAAGAAAGACAGGAACUUAUGCCACAAAUGGAAAGAAGUCCAGGGUUUGAUCCAAACAGAGAGGCUGCUAAAGCAACUAUUGGCAAACUAAAUAAUGGAGUAGCACAGGUUCCCCCUCCCAGGAUUAUUACAGACUUGGAUGCAUUCAGAAGCACACUGCCCGUGUCUCAACACAAGGAUGAGAUUAUCCACAGCAUCAAUUCUAAUAGAACCAUUUUACUUACGGGGGAAACUGGAUCAGGGAAGACAACUCAGAUACCACAGAUGAUUCUUGAUGACUGUACUGAAAACAACAAGAGAUGUCGUAUACUUUGUACCCAACCAAGGAGAAUAGCAGCACUUAGCAUAGCUGAAAGAGUCUCUGCUGAGAGAGGGGAGAAAGUAGGCCAGACUGUUGGUUAUCAGAUCCGCCUUGAGAGCAAGGUAUCACCAAAGACUCUGCUUACAUUUUGUACGAAUGGAGUUUUGUUAAGAACUUUGAUGAAUGGAAGCCAUUCUUUGUCAACUGUCACUCAUAUCAUUGUGGAUGAAGUUCAUGAGAGAGACAGGUUCUGUGAUUUCCUUCUCACUGCCAUAAGAGAUGAACUUCCUAAGUUCCCACAUGUUAAACUCAUUCUUAUGAGUGCAUCAAUGAAUGUGGACUUGUUUAUCAGAUACUUCAACAACUGUCCAGUUUUAAGAUAUCCUGGAAACAUAUUUGAAGUUGAAGAAUAUUUCUUGGAGGAUGUGUUGAAGUGGACAGGAUACACAAACAAGAAAAUGGAGAAGCUAAAGAGGGGCCAGUCGAAUUUGGAGAAUCAACAGUUACAGUUAAGUCAAUGGUGUAAGAUUCAGAUGGAAGGUGUCCCUGCGACUGCUUACUCAGAGGAGAUCGAGGAGAAAAUGGCUGCAGAACUGUUAGAGGAGGGGAAAGUUUCAGAGACUGUGGCAGAAAAAGAAGAGCUGGAGCCAUGGCUUGUAAAGGAGAUGGAUGAUCUUCUAAGUGAGGUCUGGCUCACAGGAAAUGAAGACUGCUUCUCUCAACUUAUUCAUCUUAUCAAAAGUGAAAAUGUUUCAGUGGACUACCAACACUCAGAAACCAGCCUCUCUCCUCUGAUGAUUGCUGCUGCUCGUGGCUUUGCUGCAGUAGUGGAACAUCUCCUUAACUUUGGAGCUGAUGUCAAACUAAAGUCCUCUAAUGACUGGAUAGCACUAGAUUUUGCCAAGAAAUUCAAUCAAGAGGAAGUGAUAGAAAUGCUUCAAGCUUACAUGGUUGAAUAUGAAAUGGGACCAUCAGAUGACAUUGAUGCUCUUAACACUGUACCUGCCCGAACUUUGUCUGAAGAAGAAAAAGAACUGCUGAAUUUGUAUCAACACAGCUUUGAUGAUGACAAAGUGGAUAUUAAUCUCAUUCUGCAUUUAUUGAUCAAGAUACUCUCUACAAGCAAAGAUGGUGCCAUAUUGGUCUUUUUGCCUGGUUAUGAUGAUAUUGUUACAUUAAGAGAAACAAUAGGUGAUAGCAAGAAUAUGGACAAAUUCAGGUAUGUGUUGUACACCUUGCAUUCAUCCAUGCAAUCCAACGACCAGAAAAGGGUGUUUAAAUCUGUUCCUCAAGGGCUGAGAAAAAUAAUUCUUGCCACUAAUAUUGCAGAGACUAGUAUUACAAUCAAUGAUGUCGUGUAUGUGAUUGAUUCAGGAAAGGUUAAAGAGAAAGCCUUUGAUGCCCUCUUGUCAUUGUCAACACUGAAGAGUACUUGGAUAUCUAAAGCUAGUGCACUGCAGAGAAAGGGGAGGGCUGGUCGAUGUAGACCGGGAGUGUGUUACCAUUUGUUCAGCAGAAUAAGACAAAGUAUGAUGCAAGACUUUGCCACUCCUGAACUACUGAGGUAUCCUCUCCAGGAAAUAUGUCUUCAUACCAAGCUGAUAGCACCAAUUCAUUGUCCAAUAGCAGAAUUUCUGGCCAAAUCACCAGAUCCUCCUCCAUACAUGGUGACUAGAAAUGCUGUAAUGUUACUGAAGCAAAUAGAUGCGUUGGACACUUUUGAGGACUUGACAGAAAUCGGCUACCAUUUAGCAGAUAUGCCUCUAGAGCCAAGGCUCGGAAAAGUGGUGCUGUAUUCCAUUGUACUUAAAUGCCUGGACCCUGUGCUGACCAUUGUGUGUGCUUUAGCAUACAGAGAUCCUUUUAUCCUUCCCACUGUGCCAUAUUUAAAGCGUGCAGUAGACCAGGUCAGGCGCCAGUACAGUUCCAACACCUUCAGUGAUCACAUGACCCUCCUCAGAGCUUUCCAGGGGUGGCAAAGAGCUCGCACUGACAAUUGUGAAAGGAGUUACUGUGAAAAGAAUUUUCUUUCCUCUGCAUGCAUGGAAAUGAUUGUUGGAAUGAGGACUCAGCUCCUAGGUCAGCUUAGGGCCUCUGGGUUUGUCCGAGCUAGAGGAGGGGGAGAUAUACGUGAUCUGAACACGAAUUCAGAGAACUGGGCAGCAGUCAAAGCAGCUUUAUGUGCAGGGAUAUAUCCCAACCUGGUGAAAGUUGAAAGAUCUAGAAACUUCAAAAUGGUUUCACAGAAGUCCUCUGGUAUCAAGUUCCACUCCUCUUCAGUACUGAAGAAUCCUGCUUUGUCAGAGAAAAAGUCUGUGCAGUGUCUACCUACGGACUGGAUUCUGUAUGAGGAGAUGAGUCGCUAUGAGAGGAGUGCCUAUAUCAGGUGCUGCACUGCUGUGUCUCCUGUUGCUGUGGCUCUUUUCACAGGACCCAUCAAAUUACCUGCAGAAAGUGUCAGAGAUGGAGCCAAGUCACAGGGCAUGCUGCAUGGAGAAAUGGAGGACAGUAGUGACAGCGAGGGAGAGGAGAAGGAGGAUAACACAAAAACAACUCUGCAGUUUGAUGAUUGGUUGUCAUUUAGACUGGACAAUGAUACUGCCAAUAUGGUGCUUCAGCUUAGACACAAAUGGAAUUGCCUCUUCCUCAGAAGAAUGAGAGCUCCCUCCAAACCCUGGUCACAAGUUGAUGAGGCAGUCAUCAAAGCAGUUAUCAGUGUUUUGAGUAAUGAGGAGCAGGCCCUAGGGUUUCAGCAGCCUGCAGGAAUUGGACAGAGACCACGACCUAUGACUGAGUACAUGUCAGCGGGCGGUGGAGGCUAUAGUAGCUAUGAUUAUGAGGACCACAGUAACAGGGGUAGGAGGACACCGGUCACCCCUCCCAAGAAAAACAGCAGUGUCCUUUCCAAAAUGCCACGUACCCCUGGGGACACCCGAUCGGAGAGUUCUUCAACUGGUAGCAGUCCAAAGAGCAGUACACAAACCACCCCUCAUAACAGUCCCCAAUCUGUCAGUUCUACUCUAGCCAGUUCCAGUAAAUCUCCAAUCAAAUACUUUGUUGUCAAACCCAACAAUCAGAAAAUACUGCAUGUAGCUUUAUCAAAAUCAGUUUAUGCUACAUCACCCAAAAGUGAAGCCAGAUUUAACAAGGCAAUACAGGAUGGGAAGGAAGUGUACCUGAUAUUCUCAACAGUAGGCAGUGGACAUUUCCAGGGUUAUGCUAGAGUGACAGGACAGAGCAGCAAGGACAAAUGCCCUGAUAUGUCAGGAGAUGGCCUCGGCGGAACAUUCAAAAUUGAAUGGCUUAAAGAGAUAGCCGUGCCAUUUAGAGUUGCAAACCAUAUAACCAAUAGUUGGAAUGAGAACAAGAGAGUGCAGUACAGUAAAGAUGGGCAUGAGUUGGAGUCAAAUUGUGGAGAAAAGCUCAUCCAACUGCUGCGAACUUUUGACCCCAAACUAUAUGAAGUGUCGUCAGAUGAACUGAAAGAAAAUGACGAAGAGCCUGACUUAUCAAGUGACAAAACCUCAAAGUCUUCAUACUCGGAGGAGGAUAAAGACUCGCUGCUCUCAGAUGAGGAAAGAACUAAACAAGAGGAAGGAGACAAAAACACCGGCAACAGUAAGGGCAGAUACCCAGGGCAAUAUCAAGGUCAAAGUCGACAUCAACAGGGUUAUGAAGGUCAGAGGCCAGGGUCAUAUCCUUACACAUCAUCAUCACAGAGUCAUCAAUACUACCAUCAUCAACAGCAAGGUUACCAUGGUGGAGGGGGAGGUGGACAUUAUAAUUCUCGAAUGUACAACAUGGGAUACCCUCCCCCCAUGGGACCUAACUACAACCCCAUGUAUAUGGGAAUGCAUUCUCCUCCCAGACAUCCACUGUCGUCUGUGAUGAUCCUACAGAGAGGUCAAAGGUCAGGAAGUCAUUUUAGAGGUUAUCAUCCAGGAUAUGGUUCUGGAUAUCACUAAGGCUUCCGAUAAUCAUUAUGUUUAGUGAUCAUGAGUUACAAAGUAAUGUGAACUUCAGCAUUAUACAGGAUUUAUCAAGUAAGUGCAAAUGAGAAGUAACAUUUUUUGGUAUAUCAAGAAUGAUAGCAAACAUUGACUAAUGCAGUUAAUAAUGUUUUAUUUCCUGUUACUUUUUCCAUGAAUUCAAGAUAUGCUACAUGUAUUUGAUAUUUUUAAAUAGCUUGUUUGAGUGAUUUUCUUCAUGUAAUCAAAAGGUUUAAAUACAGAAGUUAGAGAAUGAUAUUUGUAGUUUUUUAUGAAAAUUAUUUAACUUUAAUGCAUGUUUUUUAAAGAAUAAAUUACAGAGAAUUCAUUUACAAUGUAUCUGUUAAUUAUGAACUUUUGACAGAAAGAUAGAUAAUGCAUGAAAAAUAGACAGUUUGCAAAUCAAUCUAUAUUCUGGAACAAAAUGCUGUUUAAUUGUGCAAUUUUGUAGUCGUAAAAUGUGUUCAUUGCAUAUGUAUUUAAAAUUAUUUUUGAAUUUGUAAUGAAUUUUUUGUGUGACUCAUUUAGGGCUGUUCCAGUAAAACAUACAUGGGAUGGGGGGAAGGCACCUGAAAAUUAGGAUGACCACCCAUAGAAGUGAAUUUGGUACACUCCUAUCCACCCAUAGAGGCAAAUAAUGAAGCUUUAUUUGAAAAGUAGAAUUUAGAAUAAUCUCAAAUAAGAAUUUUUUUCCCAUCAUACAGCACAAAAUACUUUUUCAUUUUGAUAUCAACUUUAUUUCAGUAUUCAAUACAUGCAAUUGCCUUUCAAGCAUGAUUUACAGAAUGCCAAGAUUGCCUCUGUCAAUCAAGUGUUCUGAUUAUUUUUCUCACAGAUUCUUUGGUUUGGUAAAAUAACCACCCAUAGAAGCAAUAUUUGUGCAAAAGUCACCCACCAUAGAAUCAAUAUCCCACCAGUGUGAGCCAUCCAUAGAUUUUUUUUAAAAACUGCUUUCCCCGGGUACCCUAUAUGUUUUAAUGGAACAGCCCUUAUAUAUAUGCACUUAACUAUGAAAUCUCACUUCCUAGAAAUUCUACUUUAUAUUGAGAUCAGUAUACCAGUAAUUUUUGUAGUUGCCUACAUUACUUUUUCCAGUAUGCUAUUGCAUGAUUAUUCUGAUUUUUUUUUUUUUAUUAUUUCAGUGAAAUUCUGAUCUUAUUCAUUGUUUGGCUAAGUAAAAAUGACAUAUGUUACCAAAUACAGAUCUUGUUAAUCAUUUAAUGAUUCAUUUGAGAAAAUGAAAGUUGCUGGUUUUUUUUUUAGUUCAAUACAAUGAUUUUUCUACCUAGGGAGAAGAACGAGAUUCAUUUGAGAAAAUGAAUGUUGCUGUUUUUUGAGUUCAAUACAAUGAUUUUGCUACCUAAGGAGAAGAAUAUUUAAAGAGCCUGAAUGGCAGGGUAUUUGUUCUGGGAGGAUAGCUAAAUCAUCGAACAUUGAUCUCAUAUAUGUACAGUAUAUGGAAGUAAUCCCAUAUUGCAAGGGACAUUUUACAUGUAGCACAGUUUAACUUUACUUUUAAAAGAGAAGCAUGUUCAUAUAUAUUUUUAGGUUGUGUAUGUAAAUAGAUGUUAUUUUCUAUUUUAAACUAGCCUUAAAAGAAUAGGAUUCUAGUUUAAAGACGUUCAUUAUAUUGUACAUGUAGAUAUUUAUAUAAUAACUGUUCCAAAUUGGUCACUAGGAAACAGGAAUCUAGAAUAACAGCUGGAAAUUAUUGUUCGCUUCUCUGGAAGAUGGGUGUAUAGUUUUGAAAAUAUGUUGCAGUCAAAUUUGUUUCUGAAAUUACUGACAGUUAUUUCAAAAUCUUUAUAUAAAUUGUAUCUACAUGUGUAUAUAAAAAAAAACAUGGGUGAAAAGAUUAUAAUAUAUUGUAGUCUAGAAAUGCUGUAUGGUUCUUAAAUGUUUACCAAGAAGUUUGAGAUAAGAAUAACCUGCUGAGCAACCAUGUUAAUUGGUCCUUUCUUGUAAAACGUCUCUCAAUAGACUUAUUUGCAUGUACAGUACUAUAGUCAGAGACAAGUUGUUACUUUUCAUCAUGUUCAAUAUCCAUUAUCGCAAUUCACCUUUGAAUUAGAACGUUUUACCCGAUAUAGUAUUGCGUUGUGUGACGACACAAUUGAAUGAGACGAUUGAACAAUUUGAAUGACAUGUUUGAUGUAAUACAACAAGAGUUUUCAUUGGCCGAUUACAGCCCGCCCACUUUCUCGAGCGGAUUCAGUGUAGCUGGAGAACUGUACAUAGCUCUCUGAAAAGAUCCACCUCUUAUAAAAACCUUCGAUUUACGGGCCACAAAAAGCUGCGGACGGUUGAGGCCUGAUAUCGGUGUAUUCUUGUGUUGCUGUCUCAUAAACUCAAUAUAAAAAAAUCUUAACAUAUUUUCCUAUUAUAUAGAUCUACUUGUGUCCAAACAUACCUUCAAAUAUUCAUUAAAGCCACACACGACCCGAAAACUCGCAGCUUCAAAUGAUUUCGUUUGUUGACGUAGCCAUGUUAGGUAGCCGGUCAAUUCGAACUCUUGCUAUUGGUAUCUAUUCAUAAAAUCGGUUGUAAGUUAAUAUGUAUUCGCUCUUCAUUUAUUAUCAACACGAAUAAUUAAUAGAAAUUAAAACAUUUUUUUUGUACCAGUCUUUGUAAAGGUAAAAUAAGCUCUUGAUUAACGAAAAUGCUACAUAAGCCCAUUAGAUGGAGACCGGCCGGCGCGACCGCUCUUGACUAAUGAAAGCCGCGUUGCCGUGAGUUUAGUUAUUUUAAUAACUAUCAUUUAAUAGGACUGGGGUGGUAUAUUAUUUAAACAAUUUAGCUAAAAUAUUUGUGGGGUAUUAGUACACAUCUAGACGCUAUUGUGCCAGUAUGGAAAUGAACCGGGAUUCGAAUUGACUGGCUACCUAACAUAGCUACGUCUACGAACGAAAUCAUCAAAAGCUGUGAUCAAGUUUUUGGGUCGUAUGGGGCUUUAAUUAAUAUUUGAAGGUAUGUUUGGACACAAGUAUAGUAGGAAAAUAUGUUAGGAAUUUUUUUGAUAUUAAAUUUAUGAGACAACAACACAAGAAUACAACUUUUUCUCUUUCUUCCUUUGAAUUUUUUUUUCCAUCUAGCAUCUGGCCGUCAUGUUUUCAAAUGCUGACUACUCCCGUAUAAGGUAAUUUGGGCGGACUUAUACAUAUGGACCAAUGAGAGUUUUUGUUGCAUUUCGCAAUUGUAUUACAAACGGAUUCAAUUGUGUCCUCACACAACGCAAUACUAUAUCGGCCAAAACGUUCUAAUUCAAAAGUGAAUUGCGAUAAAUAUUUUUUGUUUUACUUGACAUAAUAAGUCAUGUGCCAAAUGAAUAUUGUGAUUUGUACCUGAUAAGUAAUAUUGUUGUGAUGUUCACUUGUUUUUGUUUUCUUUCCCUUAUGUUAGUCCUUUAAGUAAGUAAAAGAUUUUGAAAUCCC